AUGUACUCUCUUAAAACAAAGAGAGACAUGCAACAGUUGAAUUGGCAGUACAAGGUAAGUAGAAUGUCGGACGAUAGACUACCAGCCAUGGUUGACAAGGCAGCUUGGGGAAAAGCGACUCCAGGGAAGAAAGGAAUCAGAUGGGACAAGGUGGUAGAGAGGGUUUGGAAGGAGAUAGGAGACGAGGAGGAGACAUUGGACACGGAAGGGUUUGGGGGGUUCAAGAAGAAAGUCAAGGAAAUGCUAGAAAGUAGGGAGGAGGCAACCCUUCGGAAGAAGGUACGAAGCGAAGACCACUUGGAGACAUACGGGAAGUUGAAAGAAGGGAUAGGGAUGAAGAGUUACGUGGACGGCCCCAUGGACUACGCAAAAAAACUGAAGUUGCAAUUUCGAGUAGGCGAUCUGGACUUGCCAGAACGGAGGAAGAGGUACAGCAGCCGUAGGAGAGAGGAAGAGGAGGAUAGACAGACAUGUCCAUGUGGCAAAUCGGAGGAGAGUAGACCCCACAUAGUUGCGGAGUGUGAGCUGUACAGGAAGGAAAGAGAGGAUCUCGAGGAGGACAUGAGACAGAGAGGGUGUGACAUGGACAAGUUUGGUAAAUUAGACAACAGCGAAAAACGAUCGCGGUAA